AUGAUAAAAUCACUCAUUGUCAUUUGUUCUUUUCUCAAUGCUGUCGUUCUUACCUUGAAGUUCAGUGAUGUAAUCAAUUUUUCGAAGCAAUACAUGGAGGUUCCUAUCGAGGCGAACAAACUUGCAAGUAAUCUCAGCAGCGAAGAGAAAGCUGGGUUGAAAGUCCUGUGGUUCAAUUUUGAACUUCUUCCUGUUGAGGCCAAGGAGAUUAUUAAUAAUCUCAACGACAAAGAGAUUACUGUCUUGACGGAAGUUGGCUCAGCUACCGCAAGUGACAGUGAGGAAGAGUUCGUUGCUGAAGUGACGAAGAAAUCUCCCGAGCUCGGAGCAAAAAUCAAAAAAGUAAAUGAUAUGAUGGACAAAAAAAUCGCUACGCUCAAACCCGAAGGACAAGCUUUCACUAAAAAAAUAAUGGACUUUGUGGAGAUGAGUAAGUACUUUGACAAUCCUAAGGAAGCGUCUCCUUCUGCUGUGAAAGAUCUUACACUGGGCGUUAUUGAAAAGUACAAGACCUUGUCUGACAAUGCCAAGGAAGAUAUCAAGAAAGAAUUCCCCGCUCUUGCAGCAUUUCUUACAAGCGAGGAGACGGUGAAACGUCUACAAGAACACUAGGAUUUCUGUGAAUAGAAUCCAGAAUCUAGUGUUCAUGAAACACAUUCAAAACUGUAUAAUGUUAAGCAUGCAGUCUUCUUCUGUAAUGCCUUUCUAUCGCUAUUAAACUUGUUCUACAAAA